AUGGGAAUCACCAGACAACUGCUUUAUUUCGGGUGCUUCCAAGUGGCCUUGUUAAUCUGUGAGGCAAAGUUAACUCCAGGACAACCUAAAGGUCCACUUCCGUGGGGAGACAUCAAUAUCCUCCAUACAAGUGACACUCACGGAUGGCUUCUUGGACACACCAAGAACCAAUGGCCCGAACCAAAUUACUCUGCCACGCUUGGAGACUUUAUUUCCUUUGUUGGACACAUGAAAAAGUUGGCUGAGGAAAGGAGCGUCGACCUUCUUUUGGUUGACUCGGGUGAUCUGCAUGAUGGCUCGGGUCUCACAGAUGGUUAUCCAUCGGGAGGUAUCAACGGGGAAGAAGCCAUAAAAUCGUUCCUCAAAGUACCAUACGAUGUAAUGGCCAUCGGCAAUCAUGAGCUAUAUGUUGGCGACGUAACACGGGACAUAUACAACAACUUCGCUCCAAAGCUAGACGGGCGAUAUUUGAGUUCCAACUCGUAUCUAUUAGCCAAGGAUGAGAAUGGAACAGAUUUCGAAGAUGUAAUCGGAUCGAGAUAUCGUCGAUUCAAGACUCUUCGCGGACGACAGGUCACGUCGCUUGGAGUCAUAUUUGACUUUAAAGAACACGAUAAGAGCACUACGGUUCAUGGGCCAACUCAAAUGAUAGAGGAAACAUGGUUCAAAGAGCUCCUGCUGCAGCCUACGGACAUUUUUGUUCUUGCAGGACACAUGUCGGUCGCACACGGGGAAUGGGGUGUGGUCUCAAAAAAGAUCCGCGAGCAGCAUCCCAACACACCAAUCGCAAUUCUAGGAGGUCACACGCAUAGUCGAGACUGUCGCCAGUUUGAUUCAAACACCAUGGCGUUAGAAUCCGGAAGAUUUAUGGAGACAGUUGGUUGGAUGAGUAUAUCUCUCAACAAGUCGUCACCUACUCCUUCAGCUUCCUUUGAACGGCGAUAUUUGGAUACCAACAAUGUAACAUAUAUGUAUCACAGUGGCACAACAGAACAAAAUUUCAAAAGUGUGAUAGGAAAGGAAGUCGAUGGGUUCAAUCAGGAGCUUACGACUAGAUGGAACUUGAGCCAAAUACAUGGAUGCUCUAGCCAGAAUUAUUUUCUAGAAAGGCUUGAAUGGCCCCACGCUCAAAAUCUCUAUGCUUUCUACAUUUUCCAAGUCCUUCCUGAAGUUUUGAUCAAAACCUCAGGCCGUGAAGAUAAGCCGCACGUCAUAAUAAUCAACAACGGCAUGUUGCGGUUCGACAUCUACCGAGGAACAUUCACCUGGAACGAUCAAUUGACGGCUCUCCCUUUCAAAGACCCCUACAUGUAUAUCGAAGUUCCUUGGUCGAUUGCGCUGAAGGUCAAGGAAAAAUUGAAUGAAUAUCCUAAAGACCAUAUAAACACCGCCAGGUUCCUGAAAGAGAAAUUUGGCUCUUCCGCGUAUGCAAACGUACCAGAUUACUCGUCUCAGACCCCCCUGUCUAUGUCCCCUGACCCAUCUCCAGGAUACGUAACUAAGGAUGAAUGUGGAGGGAAUGGCGACGAUACGGAGCAUGCGCCUAUUCCGGUCAUCCCCAACCCGGACUAUAUGAGUAACGAUCCAGUCUACCCGAUUCCUCCUGAAGUAGUGGUGGACCUUAUUAUCCCCAAGUUCUUGAAACCAAGGUUGCUCAAAGCGAUAAACGAACUCGGAUUUAAUGCUACAGAGGAUAAAAUGCAUCAGUACGGGAAUGUAACCUCCAAAGAGAUGUUCGCUAGGUACUUUGAGCGUUUCCCUUCAACCAAUGGUGAAUGCCCCGACGACUAG